AUGUCAAACCAUCCACGACCGCACAUCGAGUCGAAAUUCGGUUCGACUGAGGAGGCGAGGGACUACUUCCUCAGUCCGCACGGCUCAGUUCAUCCACAGCCCGCAGCGGCGCCGGCCCAACACAGUGAUUAUGCUGCCUACAAAGCCGAGGUCCUGCUUGCAUGGGCGAGGAUACAUUAUCCCGGUUGCCGACCUUACAAUCCGACAGACGACGGCGACCUGGGCAGUGCAAAGACUGUGCAAGACAUAUGGAGGUUACAGGUCGCCCGGCUCGAGGAUACAGGACUGGAUCGAUGGGGAGUCGGAGGAGCCGAACACGGAGAGGUCUUCGUCCGGAUGAACGAGCACGGUCAGAAAGAAUGGAUCCUGCCGGCCGUUUCAGUCGCCGUCACUUGGGCGUCAGGCAAGAAGAACCUCGAUCGUCAAGGCUGGGUCAUUCGCUAUACCCCCUCUCAAGGACCCCGCGACCCAGUCGUGCACCUAGCUUGUCCGGCCUAUGUUCUGCGGCCUCACUCCAUGGACCAGCCGCACGUUGGGAGGCAGUCGGUGUGGGCGAGGGAGUGGCAAGCGGGGAAUCGGUCGGAUCUUCGGCAGCCUUACGGGCUCACAGUGAGGAGGAACGGUGCGACGUACGAAUGGCAGUAUCAAGCCUAUCCAGUUGGCUUGGCUAGCCUGACCGACACCCCUCCUCCUCCCGCGACAACCUCAAUCUGGACGUGCCAGAACGGGUCGACGCACACUGUCGAGACGUACAUCUUCGACCUCGAGUUGACGCACAAGAUUGUCGAGGUGGAGCGGCAGCAGGCGCAUGUGCCCGUCGCAAGGGCUGGUGCGGCGUAG